AUGUCGAGUCUUUCACGCGCGAUUUUCUUGUCAUCUCUGGCACGUCCCGCUCACGUAUCAGCUGGUAUUCGUUCUCUUUCAACAUUCUCGCGGCACAAUCCCCUUCAACGUCCCUCUUCUCCUUCGUCGACGACCCUUUCGUUAUCAUCUCAACAGCGACAAAUUGAUUCAUUUCGCCCAUUUGGUCCUCCCAUGGGUGUUCGCCAUGAAGCUGGUCUUGCGACGCUUGGUGCUGCAAUUGCAUUAAUGUCAGUUGGUGGCGUCGCUCAAGGGAUUGGCCAAUUAUUUGCUGCCCUCGUUUCUGGGACUUCUAGAAAUCCGAGCAUCAAGGACGAGCUUUUCACAUACACUUUGAUUGGAAUGGGUUUCUUAGAAUUCUUAGGAAUUAUUUGUAUAGUUCUUUCAGUUAUGUUCCUUUAUUCCUAG